AGUAGCGAGACAGCCAUGUUGGGCAGUGACGGUAAAGGAAGUGCUUUUUAUCCGUAAAUAUACUGAAAGAAUAGUGACAAUAAGUGGUGUGUGUCCUAGGGUGAUCACAUUUAUUUGGAUUAUGACUUCGAUAUCAGAAAAUAUGAACUGGGGAACAGAGCUCUGGGACCAGUACGACAAUCUGUCCCAGCACACGAUGAAAGGAAUCGAUUUCCUUGAGAAAUAUGGACAGUUCGUACGGGACCGAGCGACAAUUGAGUGCGAAUAUGCCUCAAAAUUAAGGAGACUAGUCAAAAGUUAUCAACCCAAGAAGAAAGAUGAAGAUGAUUACCAAUUCACUUCCUGCAAGGCGUUCAAGGCCCUCAUGAACGAAAUCAACGACCUUGCAGGGCAACAUGAAAUCGUGGCAGAAGACCUUCAAGCUAAUGUGAUAAAGGAAUUGACGGCGCUAGUGAAGGAUUUGAAAGAUGAACGGAAAAAACAACUGCAAGAGGGCCUGAGACUGUCCCAGGCCCUGCACACUCAAAUCGAGACCCUGCACAGGGCCAAAAAGGCGUACGACAAGGCGUUCAGGGAUGCGGAGAAGGCGAUCGACGGCUUCCAGAAGGCCGACGCCGACUUCAACCUGUCCAGGGCGGAGGUGGAAAAGCAAAGGACGAACAUGUCGCAGAAGACGCAGGCGUGCGACUCAGCGAAGAACGAGUACGCGCAGCAGCUGCAGCGGACGAACGAUUUACAAAGACAACAUUUCAGAUCAGGAUUACCGGAAGUAUUUAGGCAAUUACAGGAGUUAGAUGAGAAGAGGAUAAAAAAUAUCAAGAACUUUAUUUGUGCUUCAGUGAACAUUGAACGUAAUGUGUUUCCUAUAAUAAAUAAGUGUCUAGAUGGGAUUCUCAAAGCAGCAGAAAUAAUUAAUGAAAAAGAGGACACUUAUUCGGUGAUAGAAAAAUACAAAUCCGGGUUCCAACCCCCCGAAGACUUCCCGUUCGAGGACCUGUCGAAAGUUGGUAGUGAUUCUGGUAGUGCGACGAAUAUAAACAGUUUAGCAGUGGUCGGUGGUAAAUUGAAAGACAGUGGUUAUACGGUGAAAGGGACGAUAACGGGCAAGGCGUUGAAGAAACGGACUGGUCUGUUUCAUAUAUUCGGAAGCCGAGGGAACGCUGCGAUUUCCGAUGCCAAGGAGGAUUUAAGCGAGCUGCCACCGAACCAGAGGCGGAAAAAGUUGUUGCUCAAAGUGGAAGAACUGAAGAAUAAAGUUGCUCAAGAGACGGCGGCUCGCGAUGGACUGAUGAAGAUGAAGGGAGUGUACGAGGCGAAUCCAGCUUUAGGAGAUCCAAGGACAAUAGAAAGCCAGCUGAACGAGUGCAGCCACCGGCUGGAGAAGCUGCAGCAGGACCUGCACCGCUACCACGGCUACCUGGACGAGGCGGCCAGAGGCGUGCAAGCGGGGCAGAACAAUUCGUCGGUGACGAACUCGCCGCGCUCGGUGAACGGGUCGCGGCGCCGCAGGAAUUCGGGGGGCAGCGCAGCGGAGGAGGAAUCUCUCAGCAGGUCGGCGAGCGACAGCAGCGUUACCAAUCCAACCAUGAACCACAACAAACCAUCCGCACCUGGCACACCGCAACUUAAUAAUCACGGUUGUUCCAAUAGCCCCGAAAGCGGCUUGGGCACGUCGCACACCUCGCUGCCGGGCGCCGAUUCCGAUCCGGAUCACGAUCACGAUCAGUACGACGGGCGUGCCGGCGAUCCAGAGAGCGAGUACUACGAGGCCGAUCUGCUGCCCACCAUCGGAACGUGCAAGGCCCUGUAUUCCUUCGAAGCCACCAGUGAAGGAAGUAUACCGAUGACGCAAGACGAGGAACUGCAUUUGAUUGAGUUAGAUCAGGGAGACGGGUGGACUAGAGUACGACGAAUCGACGUCGAUAACGAAGAAGGUUUCGUACCGACGUCGUACAUUGAAUGUACGUUAUUCAACACUUAAAAGCCAUAGUUUUCGUGUAUGGGUCGAACUAACUAAGCGAAAUUGAAUAUAUUUUUGUAAAUUAUUUAUGCAAUAUUUAAAAAAAAAGGUUGAUGUUUUUUCUUUUGUUUUUACUGUACAUUAUAUAUUUUUAUAUCUAUAUGAAUCAAAAUUCGCCACUUUUUAUUUAGUGAUUUAUGUUGUUGAUGUUUUUGUACCAACAAUAGUCCAGCACGUGGGGGUUAUUUUGAAUGCAAAAGGUGGGAUGGUAGCGAUAUUUUAUCAUCUUGUUAGGUUUCAGGCCCUUAUGAAAAAUCCAUGUUUUCGACCUCGAGGCGCAUGCGCUCGAAAGCUAUCUUGGAUUUUAGUUAAAAAAUCCUUUUUUUGAUAAUAACUCAAUAACGGUGGCUUUCACGACAAAACAUGUUCUAUAUAAUGUUGAAGAAGACAUAAUUUCCUACAUUUUUUGUGGUUUUCCUAAUUUCACAGCAGAGCAGUUCAAAGAUUUUCAACAUCUUAAUUAGCUCAUAUUUCAGAGGGUUGUUCAUGAAAGAUCAUUAUUUUUUCAUUUAUCAGUGGACGAACUGGAACUAGUUGUCAUGAUAUGGUGAGAUUUCGAAAAAGCAUCCCCAAAAACGAAAAAAAAAAGGUUAUGAGAUUCGUCACUACGUAAGAUCAUGUUUGUUAAUGGAGCCUCAGAUACACCCAUGGAUAUCGAGUGAAUUCAAAUGAAUAACAGAUCUGAAUAUUCAUUUUUAUUGAUAAAAACACAGAAAUUCAUUCCACUUGUACAAUCCUCCUUUCAGUACCUUGAUAUACGUCACCCAAGAUAUUUUGUGACAUACGUCACUUUCGACAUUUUCAACACAUAGUGAAAAUAUAUCUCAUGUACUGACGUAACUCCUAUAGUUAGGUCACUUCGUGAGAUUCGGUAGUCCAAUAAUUUGAGAUAGGCUGGGUAUUAGAUUUUCAAUUGCACGAAAACCAUUGAAUAUUGAGUUACGCCACUUUGUGAGAUCAUGAAGUACAAGAAUAUAAAUCACUUGACGAAGUAUCUCAGAUUCCGAUUUUUAUUAGAUACGUCAUUACGUGAGAUAUGACCCACGAUAUGUAAAGAGUUGCAGCUCCGUGAAAUUACACUAUUUGAAAAAAAUGCAGAAACUUCAUUUUGGUUGAGUAAUUUGAGUUUCAUUUUAUUAUUCUCAUUAUAAAUCAUUAUAUUCUUACAAAAUUAUGGAAAAAUAACUGAAAGCAACUUUAAAAUUAUCAAUUGACAGUAUUUUACUUUUCGUGAACAAAGUUAAAGGCGAAAAGUAAGAAUAUCGCUUUUUUCAAUUCAAGAAUAGUUAAUUAUGAUUUUA